UCUGGGGGUUCACGGACGAGGGCUGCAUUUCCUCUCUGUUUCCGCUGCAGGCCUGGGAAAAGGAUGCGUAUAUUUAUUUUAAGGAUGUCUAUAUAUUCUAUUGUGGCCGGUCGGGCGUAGGGCUUGGCAGACACUCGGCAGCUGAACUUUCAUUUUCCGAGGUAUUUUCCCAACUCGCCCAGGGUGGUCUCGAACUCCCGCUGCAGCCGCGACCUCGGCCCCCUCCUGCCCUGGGCGGAACCUCAGGAAAUGAGAAAACCGUGGAGGACAGCGCGAGUCACCGGGGAACAGACGCCCGCGGACGGACGCCGAACUACAUUUCCCAAGGACCUGUGCGGCACAGACAGGAAGUGAUCACGGCCCGCACAGGAAGUGCCCUGUCUUUUCCACCGUGUUGGUAGUUUCCCGAGAAACAGGAAGGGACUGCGGCACGGACAGGAAGUGCCCUGUCUUGGCCGCCAUGUUUGUAGUUUCCCUGGGUACGGGAAGUUUGUAGUUUCCCGAGAAACAGGAAGGGACUGCGGCGCGGACAGGAAGUGCCCUGUCUUGGCCGCCAUGUUUGUAGUUUCCCCGGGUACGGGAAGUGGUCACGGCCCGCACAGGAAGUGCCCGUUCUGGGCCGCCAUGUUUGUAGUUCUCCAGGAACAGGAAGUGACUAGACCUUGGGGAAGAGCAGGCAGCGCGCUGAACCUCCAGCCCCCAGGACUUUUUUUUGAAGUACGCACAGGCACCCAGGACACUUUUCCCACUGUCGGCUUUCUGGAAAUUGACGGUUUUAGUCCCAGUGACUCGGUUUCCCUCCUCUUCCAUGUGCAGGCUGGAGAUGUCGCAACGGGAACUGUGGAGAUCCGCCCGCCUCUGCCUCCCGAGGGCCGGGAUCCAAGGCGGGCGCCGCCGCCGCCGCCCGGCUCCCCGACUCUCUGGGAUCCUCGCUCUGGAACCUCUAACCUGGUGACCCCGAGGUUCCGCCAGGGAGUCUGGGGCACAGACGAGCAUGUCCCAGCCCAGCCGCCCGCCCGCCCUCACACCGGGAAGGACAAGAGACGAAUCUCAUCACCAGUCCCCACCGAGAGUGCGGAUCCAGCUGCACAGACGCCAGGACGGGAGGUCAGCGGCAGAAAAGUUGUUUGCAUUAACAAAACGACAUCUGCCGAUGUGGGCUGAGAAACCACACGCUGGGCUCCAAGAAAAGUUCCCCUGAGACACUGUCCUGGCGCUGCCAGCUCAUAGGCGAGAGACAGCCACCAAAGUCAGGGGCUCAGGAACAGUACAAAAAAAUCACAAGCGUACGUUCACUGCUUUUUCUCACUAGGUUUGAAACGUCAUAGCCAAUCCUACAAAACGAGGAAGCGUCA